GCUAUGGUUAGAGUAUGACCGCGCCGGCUCGUGCCUGUGCUGCUCGGUUUCAGCUCUGAGCGCUGCAAAUCCCGAGCGCUAAGGAGCAAGGAAAGGAGUCAUUAUAGUUGUGUAGUCCAGUUUGUUGCUGUUGCAGGAUAUCCUUACAGCUCUUCGCAUAGAAAUUCCAGGGAUUUGUUUCUGUCCCUCUCCUCUCCUGCGACUGUUUCUUUUGCGCUGUGUAUGUAGCACGUUCGCGGUAGAGAUCUGUUUUUGGCAUUGACAUUUGCUGGACAUUUGCUGCUACAUUUUUUUUUACCGUUAGAUAAGGAAUUAACAAGAGUUGUCAUAUGUUUCUGUGUUUUGAAAAGGUUUUGGAAAGACCCGUAUUUCGGUGGGAUAAGCACAAAACGUUGGACUUGUGUUUCUAUUUGCUGUCGGACUAACGGUUUUGUAAUGCACGAAAGACGUGGGGGUUGACAAAAAGUUGAAGAAUGAAUUUCCACAUAGUCCCGCAGUCAAAGUAACUGGAUAGGUCUUCGAAAACCAUGCUAUAAGACUGCCAGCGGAGCGAUCUACCGAAAGGACUGUACAAGAAGGGGUGGCUCAUCUCGGAUUUGUAGUUUGGAUUUUACGCACCGUGACCCAUAGUCUUAUUUAUCCAAAACGGUUGAACUGAAAACCGGGACAUUCAGAUGUUUUAGUCAAAAAUAUUCUCCUCCAUCACAUUAGUUGAAUUAAAAGGUCCUAUCGUGUGCCAUCUCUCCCCACUUGACGUAGAACCGUGCAUCGUCUAUCAUGCGCCGCUUCUUGGAGAAAAUAUGCUGCAAAAUUGAGGGAAGUCAAGAAGCAGCAUGACUUGCUCUUGGAAUUCCCUUGAAUCUCAGUUUUCCUCUUAUAUAAUAUCUUGAUGCUGUACAUUUUUGGUUUACAAAUAUGAUGAAAUGGCAGCCCCGGAAGAAGGCAUACUUCCGACAGGGUGUUGCCCUUCAGUACCUUGGUCGCCAUGCCGACGCGUUGGCCGCCUUCGCCUCGGGGCUGGCCCAAGACCCCAAGAGCCUGCAGCUACUGGUUGGCAUGGUGGAGGCUGCCAUGAAGUCCCCACUACGAGAGUCCCUGGAACCCACCUACCAGCAGCUGCAGAAGAUGAAGCUGGACAAGAGUCCAUUCGUGGUGGUGUCAGUGAUUGGUCAGGAGCUGCUGACGGCGGCCCACCACACCGCAUCCGUAGUGGUCCUGGAGGCCGCGUUAAAGAUCGGUACCUGCAGCCUCAAGCUGCGUGGCUCCGUCUUCUCAGCCCUCAGCAGCGCCCACUGGUCCCUGGGCAAUGCAGAGAAGAGCACCGGAUACAUGCAGCAAGACCUGGAGGUUUCCAAGACACUAGGUGACCAAACAGGUGAAUGCCGUGCCCAUGGCAACCUGGGCUCAGCAUUCUUCUCCAAGGGGAACUACCGCGAGGCCCUGACCAACCACCGCCACCAGCUGGUCCUGGCCAUGAAGCUCAAGGACAGGGAGGCAGCUUCUAUGGCUCUGAGCAGCCUGGGUCAUGUGUAUACAGCCAUCGGGGACUACCCUAAUGCCCUGGCCAGCCACAAGCAGUGUGUCCUACUGGCAAAGCAAUCCAAAGACCAGCUGUCAGAGGCACGAGAGCUGGGCAACAUGGGCGCUGUCUACAUUGCUAUGGGCGACUUUGAAAACGCUGUACAAUGCCACGAGCAGCACCUGGGCAUCGCCAAGGCCCUGACCAACAAGAGGGAGGAGGCCCGUGCCUACAGCAACCUGGGCAGUGCCUACCACUACCACCGUAACUUUGACAAGGCCAUGUCCUACCACACCCAUGUGCUGGAGCUGGCCCAGGAGCUGGAGGAGCAGCCUAUAGAGAUGAGGGCAUACGCUGGGCUGGGGCACGCUGCACGCUGCAUGCAGGACCUGGAGAGAGCCAAGCAGUACCAUGAACAGCAACUGGCCAUCGCUGAGGGCCUGAAGGACAGGGCUGCAGAGGGAAGAGCCUCCUCCAACCUGGGCAUUAUCCACCAGAUGAAAGGAGACUAUGAGACUGCACUGAAACUCCACAAAACCCACCUCUCCAUCACCCAGGAGCUCAGUGACUAUGCUGCCCAGGGCCGGGCCUACGGUAACAUGGGCAAUGCCUACAACGCGCUGGGGGCCUUUGACCAGGCCGUACGCUACCACCGCCAGGAGCUACAGAUCUCCAUGGAGGUCAAUGACCGGGCCUCACAGGCCUCCACCCAUGGUAACCUGGCCGUGGCCUACCAGGCCCUGGGGGCCCACGACCGCGCCCUGCAGCACUACCAGAACCACCUCAAUAUCGCCCGUGAGCUGCGAGACGUCCAGAGCGAGGCCCGCGCCCUCGGCAAUUUGGGGAACUUCCACUGCUCCCGGGGAGAGUUCCCCCAAGCCGUGCCCUACUACGAGCAGUACCUCCGCUUGUCCCCUGACCUCCAGGACAUGGAGAGUGAGGGGAAAGUCUGCCACAACUUGGGCUACGCCCACUACUGCCUGGGAAGCUACCAGGACGCUGUCAAGUACUAUGAGCAGGACCUGGCUCUGGCUAAGGACCUGCAUGACAAGCUGAGCCAGGCCAAGGCCUACUGUAACCUGGGACUGGCCUUCAAGGCUCUGGGUGACUUCACAAAGGCAGAGGAGUGUCAGAAGUACCUGCUCUCUCUAGCCCAGUCUCUUAAUAAUGCACAGGCCCGCUUCAGAGCCCUGGGCAACCUAGGGGACAUCUUUGUCUGCAAGAAGGACGUGACUGGAGCUAUCCAAUUCUAUGAGCAGCAGCUGGCCCUGGCUCACCAGGUGAAGGAGCGCAGGAUGGAGGCCUGUGCCUACGCGGCCCUGGGUGCCACCUACAGACUGGUGCAGAAGUACGACAAGGCGCUGGGCUACCACACCCAGGAGCUGGAGGUGUAUCAGGAGCUGGGCGAUGUGCCUGGGGAGUGUAAAGCCCACGGCCACCUGGCAGCCGUCUACAUGGCUCUGGGGAAGUAUGCCAUGGCCUUCAAGAGCUACGAGGAGCAGCUAGAGCUGGGCCGCAGACUGAAGGACCCGGGGGUAGAGGCCCAGGUCUACGGCAACAUGGGCAUCACCAAGAUGAACGUAGGGGUGAUGGAGGAGGCUAUAGGCUACCUGGAGCAGCAGUUGGCCACCCUGCAGCAGCUGAGUGGCAACGAGGCCGUGCUGGACCGGGGUAGGGCCUAUGGUAACCUGGGAGACUGUUACGAGGCUCUAGGGGACUUUGAAGAGGCCAUUAAAUACUAUGACCAGUACCUGUCUGUGGCCCAGAGCCUUAACCGGAUGCAGGACCAGGAGAAGGCCUACCGAGGCCUGGGGAAUGGACACAGGGCGAUGGGUAACCUGCAGCAGUCCCUGGUGUGUUUUGAGAAGCGUCUGGUGGUGGCCCAUGAGUUGGGGGAGUGUGGAGGGAAGGCCCAGGCCUACGGGGAGCUGGGGGCGCUCCACAGCCAGUUGGGGAACUAUGAACAGGCCAUAUCCUGUCUGGAGCGCCAGCUAGGCAUCGCCCGCGACACCCAGGACCGAUCACUAGAGGGCGACGCCAGCUGUGGCCUGGGCGUGGUCUACCAGUCCAUGGGGGAAUACGAGACGGCCCUGCGCUGCCACCAGAGUGACCUGGAGAUCGCAGAGGAGACGGGCAGGCCCGCCCGACAGGGCCGUGCCUAUGGCAACCUGGGCCUCACCUACGAGUCGCUAGGCAACUAUGAGCGUGCAGUGGUGUUCCAGGAGCAGCAUCUAAGUGUUGCAGCUCAGACCAACGACCUGGCGGCCAAGACCCUGGCCUACGGCAGUCUGGGGAGGACACACCACGCACUGCAGAACUACUCACAGGCUGUCAUGUACCUGCAGGAAGGCCUACGACUGGCAGAGCAGCUGGCUCGGCGUGAGGACGAGGCUAAGAUCCGCCAUCGUCUGGGGCUGUCUCUGUGGGCCAGUGGGAACCUGGAGGAGGCCCAGCACCAGCUCUACCGAGCAUCUGCGUUGUUUGAGACCAUUCGUCAUGAGGCCCAGCACAGCACCGACUACAAACUUUCUCUGUUUGACCUGCAGACCUCCUCCUACCAGGCACUCCAGAGGGUCCUUGUCAGCCUAGGCCACCAUGACGAGGCGUUGGCGGUGGCAGAGCGGGGUCGGACGCGGGCCUUUGCUGACCUGCUGGUGGAGAGGCAGACAGGCCAGCAGGACUCAGACCCCUACACCCCAGUCACAGUGGAGCACAUCCUGGACACGGUGAACAGCCAGAGGGCCCUGGUGCUCUACUUCUCCAUGGCUGCUGGGUACCUGUACAGCUGGCUGCUGGCUCCAGGAGCAGGCAUCCUGAAGUUCCAUGAGGUGUACUUGGGAGAGGGCGUGACAGAGGGUGGGCCAGACCUCCAUGAGGGCGGGGGAGGGGGUGUGGCCAGCGGCUCGUCUCUGGAGCAGCACAUUGCCAGUGCUCGGGAGGCCCUGGGGGUAGAAUCCUACUACAGCAGGGGUUGUUCUAGCAGUGAGACAGAGAGUGAGGCAGGGGACCUGUUGGACCAGCAGUUUGAGGAGCUCAACAACAAACUCAACUCUGUGACUGACCCCACAGGCUUUCUCCGUAUGGUGUCCAGAAACAACCUGUUCAACAGGAGCUGCCAGAGUAUGACUAGCCUGUUCAGUAAUACCGUGUCCCCAGCCAAAGAUGGCUGCUCCUCUCUGCCCCGCCGACCCAGCAACCUCAACAAACCUCCUCUCCGUGCCCUCUACGACCUGCUCAUCGCACCCAUGGAAGGGGGCCUGAUGCAUUCCAGUGGUCCCGUGGGCAGACACAGACAGCUGAUAUUGGUAUUGGAGGGGGAGUUGUACCUCAUCCCCUUCGCACUGCUGAAGGGCAGCUCCUCUAAUGAGUACCUGUAUGAACGCUUCAGCCUCAUUGCCGUGCCCUCCAUCCAGGGUCUAGGGAUCAGCUCCAAGGGUCAUUCUCGGCGGGUGGGGCCGGCUUCCUGUGGGGGCGUGUCCAUGGCAGCUGUGGUGGGUAACCCUCGUCUGCCGUCCUCUGUGAUGGACCGCUGGCUGUGGGGGCCCAUGCCCUCGGCCGAGGAGGAGGCCCUCAUGGUGUCUGAGCUGCUGGGCUGCCAUCCACUGGCUGGAUCCUCUGCCACCAAGGAGAGGGUGAUGAGUGCCCUCACUCAGGCCGAGUGUGCACACUUCGCUACCCACAUCUCCUGGAAGCUGGCCGCCCUGGUGCUCACACCCAACCCAGAGAGCAUACCCGGCGGGGCAGGGGCGGGUGUGGGGACUGGAGGGAGAGGGGCAGGGGGUGGGAAGAGAGGCAGUGGAGGCAAGGGCAGGAAAGGCUCGUUUGGGAGCAGCUACACCAUCCCAGAGAGCCUGCACCUGCAGGAUGAUGGGAGCGACGCAGAGAGUAUCUGUGACAGCCCUCCCCUGCAGGAGUUCCUGCUCACCGCUGCUGACAUACUGGACCUGAGGCUGCCUGUCAAACUGGUGGUGCUGGGGUCAUACCAGGAGUCCAGCAGUAAGGUGACAGCAGACGGUGUGGUAGGUCUGACCAGGGCCUUCCUUGCUGCUGGGGCCCAGUGUGUCCUGGUGUCUCUGUGGCCUGUUCCUGUGUCAGCCUCCAAAGUGUUCGUCCAUGCCUUUUACACCGCUCUGCUCAACGGGACCAAGGCCAGCGCUGCCCUCGCAGACGCCAUGAAGACUGUCCAGAGCAGCAAGCAGUACUCCCACCCCUCCAACUGGGCAGGCUACAUGCUGAUUGGUAAUGACGUGAAGCUGAACAGCCCCUCGUCUCUGAUUGGCCAGGCUCUAGCAGAGAUCCUACAGUAUCCAGAGAGAGCACGGGAUGCUCUGCGGGUCUUACUGCACCUUGUGGAGAAGUCUCUCCAGAGGAUUCAGAACGGCCAGCGUAACUCCAUGUACACGUCCCAGCAGAGUGUGGAGAACAAGGUGGGGGGCGUCCCAGGCUGGCAUGCCCUGCUGACCGCUGUGGGCUUCCGCCUGGACUCGGCUGGCACCGGCAUCCCUGCUGCUGUCUUCUUCCCCACAGCAGACCCUGGAGACAGGCUGCAGCAGUGUAGCACCACCCUGCAGUCAAUACUUGGUCUACCGCCCCCAGCUCUCCAAGCCCUGUGUAAACUCAUCACCGCCUCCGAGGCAGGAGAGCAGCUCAUCAACCGGGCUGUUAAAAAUAUGGUGGGAAUGCUCCACCAGGUGCUGGUCCAGCUUCAGACAGGGGAGAAGGAGCAGGACUUCUCUCUGCUGCCCAUCCAAGUGUCCAUCAGUGUGCAGCUCUGGAGACUGCCAGGCUGCCAUGAAUUUCUGGCUGCACUAGGAUUCGACCUGUGUGAGGUGGGCCAGGAGGAGGUGGUACUGAAGACGGGCAAGCAAGCCAACCGCCGCACCAUGCACUUUGCCCUCCAGUCCCUGCUGGCACUGUUUGACUCCACAGAGCUGCCAAAGCGUCUCAGCCUGGACAGCUCGUCUUCUCUGGAGUCUCUGGCCUCGGCCCAGUUUGUCUCCAACCCCCUACCGCUGGGCUACCCCAGCCUGCCCUUCUCCCCACCCUGCCUAGACAGUCUGGCCUCAGACGCCAUCUCCGUCUACAGCCUGAGCUCCGUGGCCUCCACCAUGAGCUUUGCCUCCAAAUCAGAGUGUGACUUCCUGGGCCAUCGACAGCGUGGUGGGGCCACAGCACACUUCUCUGCCCACAAGCACCCGCACAUUCCCCGCAGUCGCUCCUCUCCUCACGGGGCGGCUGCAGCAGCAGGAGGGGGCCGGGGAGAUGAUGAGGAGUAUGAAGGCUUUUCCAUCAUCAGCAGUGAGCCUCUGGGAAGCCACUGUGACUCCCUGCCUCUACCUCCGGGUCACGGGCAGCGCCACCUCCACCGUGGGGGCAGGGGUGUUGUCAGUAGUUCCAACUCGGGCGCUGGGCGGGGUUACCAGGUGUCUGUGUCGUCACGAGGCAGUGUCAGCACCCCCACCUCCCCAGUCAAGACCAGCCUGGUUCCCAGCCCCAACCCCCCCCUCCAGAAGGUGCCAGGCAAGGUGAGCAGCUCAGACACAGGUGAGUCGGACCAGUCCAGCACUGAGACAGAUAGCACCGUCAAGUCCCAGGAGGAGAAGACUGUCCCUCUGGACCCCCAGGAGCUGGCCCAGAAGAUCCUGGAGGAGACGCAGAGCCACCUGCGGGCGGUGGGAAGUUUACAACGGGCUGGGGCUGAGGGGGCUGCAGCUGGAGCUACCUCAGCCAGGAGCUCUGCCUUCCGCUCCUCAGAGACCAGCGCCUUCAGCCGUCCCAGCAGCAGCGCCAGUGUCCGCGUCCAGUCCUCCCCACGACCCAAACCUCCCUCCCGCUCUUCCUCCCUGCAGAAGAUAAGCUCUGGUUACAAUAGCCCUGCAGCCUCGGAGACCUCUCUAAAGGAUGGCAGUCACCCCUCCCCUACCCUGGACAGCCACGCCCAGUUCAAGCUCAAAUACCCCAGCUCCCCCUAUAGUGGUCACAUCUCCCGCUCUCCCAGUAACGUGUCCCCCAGCUCUGGCCACCAGUCCCCGGCUUGUAGUGCCCCAUCCCCAGCUCUCUCCUACUCCUCCACGGGCUCUGCCUGCUCCAGCCCUGCCGAUGCCCCAGACCUGGACCGCCUCAGGAGGGGCGUCAUCGAUGAGAAGGUUGUGGCCAUCCACAACCUGAAGACAUUCUGGGCCAACACGGCGUCCCAGCAACAGCAGCAGCAUCUGGGUCCAGUCCGUGCUCUCCGUGGCGCCCCAGGACCCCUGGUCUCUGCCAAGAGAGAUGUGCUGAGCCUUCUGAACCUCUCCCCACGACACUGCUCCCCCAGCGACGCCCAAGACAGCCUGGAGCUGCGGGAGCUGGGGCUGCAGUCGUUGGACAGGGGCAACAAGAACCCUUCCAAUGGACACAACCCCAGAAAGGUGGCCCCCUCGCCCUCUAUUUCCACGAGCAGCAGCCCUGGUGCUCGCUCUAUCAGACUACCUGCCGGCAAUGGAUACAAGUUCCUCUCCCCUGGCAGGUUUUUCCCAUCCUCCAAAUGCUGAGACACUUUAAAUGGUCCUAUUUCCUGUAUUUUGCCUACCACUUGUUAUCCUUUGUACUGGGGGAGUUGGGCACUUUCUGGAGGGUCACUAUUGGCCCACCGAACUUGAUUGACAAUGAAAAGUACAUAGUCAGCCAAUGAGAGUGAUCCCUCAGAGGCUCAUGAAUGCUUAGAAAGUGUCUCGUCAUUGUGCCCAUAACACUGUCAAUGGCAAUGAGAAAGACUCAAAGACCUGAUACUGUGUUUGUUUGUGUGUGUGUGUGUGUGUGUGUGUGUCAGGUAGACUUCAAUGCCAAUCGGUAUUUCCUCCAAAAAAUGUGCUAUUUGUGUGGGCCAAGAUGAAACCGCUCCAACUGGUCUCCUCCAUUCUAUUUUUGUUUCAAUUUAAUGAUUAUUGUUAUUGUUAUUGUUUGUUAUUAAUAUUAAUAUUAUUAUAAUUAUUAUUGUUUUGUAAAUUAAAUCCAGUGUUUCACAAUCAGUAUUAAGUGUUUUUAUAUUAUUAAAAAAGUGAACAAAAUUGUACCAUGUAAAGAUGGAUAAAUAAAAAAAAUAAAAAAUAUUACAUAUUUUUUAUUGAAAUCGAAACUGGCAUUUUGCCAGAUUUCUUUGUGAAUUGAGUGUCUGCUCCACAGCAUGGAUUCCCUUGCUAUUCAAUGUUAAGUACCAUGUAUGACUUUUUUGUCCAUGAUUUUGGAAAUUAAACAAGGAAGUGUCAUGACAACCAUCUCUGUCAUUUAUCAGUAAACCUGUUUCAAUAAAAAUCAUGUUUGCUUUCCAAUA